AUGGGCCUCUCACUGGCUCUGCCUCUCUUCCUACUCCUGGCCUUCAGAGCUGGGCUCCUCACUCUCCAGCCAGCUUCUGGAUCUCAACUACCCUCUGCCUCCUCCUCAGACUCUGCACAGGGCUUUGUUUCAGAAGUCUCCUCCAGCCAGGCCCAGAGCUGGAACUUUUCAGAUCAACCUCCAGGUUCGGAAGCUUCUGCUGGAAUCCACGAUUCGAGCUGGUUUCCUCCGGGGCUGAAUUCAAGCCAUGUACCUGGACCAUUCUGGACCAAUGUGUCUUCCGGGGGACAGCAUCUCACCCCUGAUGUCACUUUCUCUAAAAUCCCUCCUUCCAAAGACUCUGGGCCUUCCUUCUCUGUCAAGACUCCAGCUUCACACACAUCAUUUCAAGCCCCAGACACCAAAGUGUCCACCAAGGCCCCAGGGUCAAAGCUAUCCCCAGAGCAUCAGAACCUUGAACUUUCUGUCCAGAACCCGGAAUCUGAAAUUUUGUCGGAGACUCGCCAGGCUGCAAGCUUCCCCCAGCAGGUGGGAGGACCCCUGGCUGUGCUAGUGGGCUCCACCAUCAGGCUCCCCCUGACUCCAGUUCCCAGCCCCAGGGCCCCUGCUCCUCUGGUGGUCUGGCGCCGGGGUUCCAAGGUAUUGGCAGCUGGGGGUCUGGGGUCACAGGCUCCCCUGAUCAGUCUGGACCCCAUGCAUCAAGCCCGCCUGAGAUUUGACCAGAUUCGAGGGGGUCUGGAGCUCACCUCUGCCCAGCUGGAUGAUACAGGGGUGUACACAGUUGAGGUCAUCAGGGGAGGAGUCUCCCAGCAGAUUCGGGAGUUCGUGGUGGGUGUGUAUGAGCCCCUACCCCAGCUGUCGGUACAGCCCAGGGCUCCAGAGACUGAAGAGGGGGCAGCCGAGCUGCGGCUGAGCUGCGUGGGGUGGAACCCAGGUAGCGGGGAGCUGAGCUGGAGCAGAGAUGGACGUGCCCUGGGGACCCCAGACCCUGAAGGCGCAGAGCCACCUCGCAUCCGCGCGGAAGGGAACCAGCUGCUCAUCUCUCGGCUUGUACGCAGCGACCACGCCCAGUACACCUGCCACGUCCGCAGCCCCUUUGGCCACACCGAGGCUGCAACGGACGUCAGUGUUUUCUACGGCCCGGAUGCUCCCAUCAUCAGGGUCUCCUCCGACCGCGACGCCAGCCCUGCGCUCUACGUCACUGCGGGCAGCAACGUCACCUUGCGCUGCUCGGCCCCCUCGCGGCCGCCUGCGGACAUCGCGUGGAGCCUGGCGGACCCCACCGAGGCUGCAGUGCCCGCGGGGCCUCGCCUCCUGCUGCCCGCUGUGGGGCCGGGCCACGCCGGCGCUUACGCCUGCAUCGCCUCGAACCCCCGCACCGGCCGCCGCCGGCGUUCCGUGCUCAACCUCACUGUGGCUGAUCUGCCCCCAGGGUCCCCACAAUGCUCAGUGGAAGGGGGUCCCGCGGAGCGCAGUCUUCGCUUUCGCUGCUCCUGGCCCGGCGGGGUUCCUGCCGCCGCCCUGCAGUUCCAGGGUCUCCCGGAAGGCGUCCGUGCGGGACCGACGCCGUCUGCUCUCACGGUGGCUGUCCCCGCCCGCCCGGAACUCAGCGGGGUCGCCGUCACCUGCCUGGCCCGCCACCUGAUGGCCACACGCACCUGCACGAUCAUCCCCGAGGCCCCCGAGGAAGUGCUGCUCCAGCCGGUAGUAGAGGAAACACAGCCAGGCAAUGUGGUAGUAGCACUGGAGGCCACUGGCUGUCCCCCACCCUCAAGAGCAUCCUGGGCCCGGGAAGGGCGGCCCCUGGCCCCAGGAGGAGGGGGUCGACUGCGGCUUAGCCAGGAUGGCCGGAAGCUCCUCAUCAGCAACUUCAGCCUGGAUUGGGACUUGGGGAAUUACUCUGUGCUCUGCAGCAGUGCACUGGGCGCUGGAGGCAACCAGAUCACCCUUACUGGGCCCUGCAUUUCCUCCUGGAGGCUGCAGAGAGCCCAGGAAGCAGCAGUACUCACCUGGGACGUGGAGCGAGGCACCCUGCUCACCGGCUUUCACAUCCAGGCAUGGACAGAUGGCUCUGGCCUGGACAGAGUCACCAUGAGUAGGGACUGGGUCUCCCUGCUCAUCCUGGGCCCUCAGGAACGAUCAGCCAUAGUGCCACUCCCUCCUCGGAACCAUGGGACCUGGGCCUUUCGCAUCUUGCCAAUCUUGGGGUCUCUGCCAGGGACCCCAUCCCAAAGCCGGGUCUACCAGGCAGGCUCUGCCCUGAGUCCAGGGGCCAUCGCUGGCAUCGUCCUUGGCUCCCUGUUGGGCUUGGCACUGUUGGCUGGCCUUCUCCUCCUGUGUAUCUGCUGCCUGAGGCAUUCCCCAGGAAGGCCAUCUGUGAAAAAGCAGCACUCCCUGAGACUGGCUCCUGUGCUCACCCCACCGGGAAAAAAGAUGCAGAGUUUGACCCCAGUGCAGACCCCACAGCCCCUGCCUGUCAAAAGCCAGCGGCAGAGCCCUCACCCAGUCAAGGCCCAACAAUCAUCAUCUGCAUCUGGCUUACGUAGAUCCGAGGAUGGGACCUGGAACCAGUAUAUUCUAGGCAAAUAACUGAGCGACAGCCCCAGCCCCUCAUGUUUUGUUUUGUUUUGAAUACCCUGCCCAGCUCUUAUGUAUAGUCUUUUAUUAGUCUUAAAAGACAAAUAAAUGC